AUGUAAGUCCUAAUUAUUAAAGAAAAUUACUAUAUUCAUUUAUAUUUAAAAUUUGGAAAUAUUAUAUUAAUUUUUAAUAUUAACAGUAAUUAGAGCGAACUUUUACUGAAAAGCUGUACUCUUUUCUACCAAUGGAUUUAAAGAUUAAAACAUUUAAAACAUUUUGGUUUAUAAUUAGUGAGUUAAUAGAUCAAAUAUGAUUAAAUUUAUCUAUUUGAAGGAAUAUCUUCAUUGAUUAAUUUAAAAAGUGUUUAUAUUAAUCUAGCAGACACAUAACUUGGAGAUGAAGGAGUAAUUAGGCUAGGUGAAGAGCUUUAAAAAUGUGUCCAUCUUUCUAAUUUAAAAUUAGAGGUUUACAAUAAUAAAAUUACCUAGAUUGGAGCUCUUGAAUUAGGAAAUUAUCUUUCAAAAUGCAGAAACUUGACUUCAUUGUACCUUGAUAUAACAUCUAAUAGGAUAAACUAAGGUUAAUUAGAGUUAGUGAGAGGAAUCAGCUUAUGCCCCAAACUUCAUGAUUUCUUUCUUAUGAUUUACGGAACAUGUUUUGAUUGUGAGUAUAACCUAAAGAAGCCUUUAUGCAAAAGCAAAUCACUUGUCAAAUUUUGUCUCAUUUAAGAUUUUUGA